AUGGACAGCAGCGCCAGCCAGCCGCCGCCUCCCCCGCCGUUCCUGCAGCCCGCCUGCUUCUUCGCGGCGGCGGCGGCGGCAGCGGCAGCAGUGGCCGCCUCCCAGAGCGCGCAGCAGCAGCAGCCGCCGCAGCAACUGAGCCCGGCGGCGGCGGCGGCGGGCAGCCAACAGAGCCAGUCCUCUCCAGGGGCCGCCAAAGCGCCUGUUGCGGCUGCGCCGAAGCACCACCAGCAGCAGCAGCAGCAGCAUCACCACCACCACCAGCACCAAGUCAAGCGGCAGCGCUCGUCGUCGCCGGAGUUGAUGCGCUGCAAGAGGCGCCUCAACUUCAGCGGCUUCGGCUACAGCCUCCCUCAGCAGCAGCCGGCGGCGGUGGCGCGGCGGAACGAGCGCGAGAGGAACCGCGUCAAGCUCGUGAACCUGGGCUUCGCCACGCUGCGCGAACACGUCCCCAACGGCGCCGCCAACAAGAAGAUGAGCAAGGUGGAGACGCUGCGCUCGGCCGUCGAGUACAUCCGAGCCCUGCAGCAGCUGCUGGACGAACACGACGCCGUCAGCGCCGCCUUCCAGGCCGGCGUCCUCUCGCCCACCAUCUCCCCCAAUUACCCCAACGACAUGAACUCCAUGGCAGGCUCGCCUGUCUCUUCCUAUUCCUCGGACGAAGGGUCCUACGAUCCCCUCAGCCCCGAAGAGCAGGAGCUGCUGGACUUCACCAACUGGUUCUGAGAGGGGGGCGGCCUGGGUGGCCCCUCUUGGCUUUGGCUUGGCAGCAGGACUUGUUGAAAAAAAUGGUUGCAUCUUAUUGCUCCUUUUCCUUCCCAUUAUGGAAAGGAAAGAAAGUAAAGACAGUGAAGCACAGAAGGAGUCGGACAUCCUCUCCAAGAAAACAGUGAAGCACUCCCAGAUUCUGCCUUUGCACUCCAGGCGGUUCAAAGAGUCAUGCAGCCCAGUCCUAUGGAUGAAAAUAAAGCCCGUUGAGUUUAGUGGGAUUUACAAUUCCCAAAUAAGUGUGCAUAGGUUCACAGCCUAUGGUUUCAACCCUGUGCACACUUAUAUGGGAGCAAGCCUCAUUGAACACAGUGGGACUUACUUCCGAGUAAAUGCAUAUGAGAUCAGGCUGCUGCACCAUAGAAGCAAGAGGGGAUCCAUGAUGUGAUGGAGCUUCUGUAGGCCUGUUCUCUACCCUCGAAGUUAAAGCAACACUGCCUAUUCUAUAUAAAUCUUCAACUGAGCAAUGAGCUUCCCUUCUUCUUGAAAUAAAUACAGUAUUCCCCCUUUUGAAAGUCUGGUUUGUUCACUGCUUUAUGGUCCCAAAUUGCAGCACAAUCCCAAGCAGGUUUACUCAGAAGUAAGUCCCACUGUGUUCAGCACCAACUUAUUCCCUAUAAGUGAUUUUAGGGUUCCAUACACAGAAUGAUCCUAUGCACACUUACUGAAUUUAGUGGGACUUACUUUUAAGUAAGUGUGAAAAGGAUUGCAGCUCUGGUUGCCUAAUACUUGUGGAGAUUUUGAAAAUCAAAACUAUGCUGUAUUCAAAGAAUCCUCUGAAGUGUCUCCCUCUCCCACUUUGUCCACUUUCCUAUCAUAAAAUGCUUCCAAUUUGUUUUUUCAUGUGAACUUUUUAUUAUAUAUAUAAAUAAAUAUAUAUAUAAAAAAUCUAUUUGUAUCAAUCCUAACCAAUUGUGGGAAUAUAUUAAGCUAUUUUUGUAUAUAAGAGACAGAAAUUUAUAGACUUUUUGUACAAAUGGUUUAAAAUGUGUAUAUCUUGAUAACUUUUUUAAAAAUAUGUAAUGCUUAUUACCUCUUCAUAUCUAGAUGCGUAGUCAACAUAACCUUACAACUGCCAUGUUUUUGUUAUGUGGUUUUGUAAAGGACUUGGAAAUGCCUCCAGAUCUACUUUAGCACCAACGUGUCUUACUUUUUUAUAGAAAACUUUGCUAAUGUAUUAAUAAUGUUAUUAAACAAUGUUCAAAGUGAACAAAGUUUAUGCAGCUAUUGUCCAAACGCAAAAUGGUAGCUAUUUAUUUUAUAAGCUGCUGCCUUUUGAAGAAAAAGAGAAAAAGUUUUUACCACUGCCUUUUCAUGCUGUUUUAUUACAAACUUACAAAAGUCAUGUAUAACCAUUUUUAUACAAACUAGUUUGGUAAUAAAACUUUCAAUUAAAAAUGAUGUCUUCCUGGUU